AUGGAGGAAUUAGGAGUGCUGUUGCUAAACUUGCUUCUCCAAAUAGGAAGCACAGCUGAUGCUGAAAAACGCAAGAGCCAUGAGCCCCAGCCUCCACUUCAUGAGUUUCCACAAUUGGGUGAUUUCAUGAUCGGUGCCAUUGCUUCUCUGUCCUUCAUCAUUCCUGAUGCAUUGACCUUCAGUGGAGAACCUGCACUUUCACUGCUUGAUGAACUUUUGAUAUAUGGCUCUGCACCAGUGAUGAAUCAUAAAACCCCAGACCUUUCUUUCUACAAUAUGACUCCCAGGGAAUCCCUCCAGUACGCAGGGAUUCUCUCUCUGCUGCUGCAUUUCGGGUGGACAUGGAUUGGAACAAUUGUUAUGGAUAAUGACAAUGGGGAGCGAUUGCUCCAAAUGGUAGUCCCACUGUUUUCUGAGGGUGGUGUCUGCUUUGCCUUCAUUGAAAAAACCCCUGAACUUGGUCUUGGCAGGGAUAUGAAAGACAUACUUAACAAGGGGGCAAAAAUACAUGAUACCAUUGUGGACAGCACAGCCAAGAAGCUUGUUUCAUUUAACAACAGUGCUGGAGAUGAGGUUUCUUUUAAUGAGAAUGGAGAGCUGGUAACUGGAUUCGAUGUGAUCAAUUGGAUAGUGUCCUCAAACCAAUCCUUUCAAAGAGUGAAGGUUGGGAGGAUGGAUGCCCAGGCUGCUCCAGGCCAAGCAUUCACCAUCAGCCCAGAAGCAAUAACAUGGAACAGCUGGUUUAAUCAGGCACAGCCUCUAUCUGUGUGCAGUGAGAGCUGCAAUCCUGGUUCUAGGAAGAAGGUCAACGAAGAGGAGCCAUUUUGCUGCUAUGACUGCAUCCCAUGUCCUGAAGGGAUGAUUUCAAUCAAUAAAGAUAUGCCUUUCUGUUAUUCAUGUGAAGAUGAAAAGUACCCAACGAAACACCAGGAUUUCUGUAUUCCCAAAUCAGUAAACUUCUUUUCUUAUGAAGAACACUUGGGCAUCAUUUUGGCAGCUUUUGUUAUUCUCCUCUACUUAACCACAGCUCUGGUGCUAGGAAUAUUUCUGAAGCAUCAUGAGACUCCCAUUGUCAAAGCCAAUAACCGGCACCUCACCUACACUCUCCUUGUCUCCCUCCUGCUCUGCUUCCUUUGCGCACUGCUCUUCAUCGGCCAGCCACAUCAAGUGACGUGUCUCUUGCGACAAACUGCUUUUGGCAUCAUCUUCUCAGUGGCCAUAUCUUGUGUGCUCACAAAGACGGUCAUGGUGGUUUUGGCCUUCAGAGCCACCAAACCAGGAUGCAAGAUGAGAAAGUGGAUGGGGAAGACACUGGCCAACAUCCUCAUUUUUUCCUGUUGCCUUCUUCAGGGUGGGAUCUGUCUUGCUUGGUUGGCAACUUCUCCUCCUUUUCCAGAUAUGGACAUGCAUUCAGUGCCUGAGGAAAUCAUCCUUGAAUGUAAUGAGGGAUCCAUGACGAUGUUCUACUGUGUCCUGGGCUAUCUGGGCUUCCUGGCAAUGGUCAGCUUCAUGGUGGCUUUCCUAGCCAGGAAGCUGCCAGACAGUUUCAACGAAGCAAAGUUCAUCACUUUCAGCAUGCUGGUCUUUUGCAGUGUCUGGUUAUCCUUUGUGCCUUCCUAUUUGAGCACUAAAGGGAAAUACCUGGUGACUGUAGGGAUCUUUUCUAUCUUAGCCUCCAGUUCUGGCUUGCUGGUUUGCAUCUUCUUCCCCAAAUGUUACAUCAUUUUGCUGCAACCUGAGUUGAACAAAAAGGAACAUCUAAUAAGGAGAACAGCUUGA